AUGCUGAAUAGUGUCGAACGAAUAUCACAAAUAAUACCGAAAGUGAAACAACAGCUACUUUUCUUGGAAGAACGAGAGAAAUUAUUUCGACAAAUUGAAGAUAGUUCAAUUUCAUGUGAUGGUUCAUUAUCUAAUACAUCUGUUAUAUCUAAAACAUCAGCAUUGAGUUUACUAAAUGCUCAGGCACCAUCUGGUCUUUCAAUUAGUUCACAAUCAUCACAUUCUGCUCAUCUAUCAAAUGCAAAUCUUGCGGCAACAAUGUCUACAAAUAGUUCAGUGGUUGAUCAAACUAUCGCUGCUGCUACUGCUGCUACUGCAGAUGCACCGCCUUCUUUUCCAGAUACGUAUGAAAUACCAGCAUUACCGAAAGCUUUGUUGAAAGACAUCGAAGUUGGAAAUCUUAAAACUUUUGGGCCGCAUUGCCAGGGUCGAUAG